UCGCCAGGGCGCCCCCAGCCACUCACAGCUCCAAACGUUCCCCAGCUCUCCAACCCCGCUGUCCCCUCUGCGCCCGCUGCCACAGAGCCUGCCAGCUGCGCGCAAAACCAAGGUCCUGACCAGCGAAGCAGAGACGAGGCGGUGGCUCCUCUGUGUCCCACGUCCUGAGGGGCUCAGGACAAGAAAGGAGCCCACCCCCAGCCAGUAUGCAGCCGCCCUGGGGCCUGGCGCUCCCUCUGCUGCUCCCCUGGGUGGCAGGUGGAGUAGGGACCAGCCCACGGGAUUAUUGGUUGCCAGCACUGGCACACCAGCCUGGGGUCUGUCACUACGGAACUAAGACGGCCUGCUGCUAUGGCUGGAAAAGGAACAGCAAAGGAGUAUGUGAAGCUGUGUGUGAGCCCAGAUGCAAGUUUGGUGAGUGUGUGGGACCGAAUAAAUGUAGAUGCUUUCCAGGAUACACCGGGAAGACCUGCAGUCAAGACGUGAAUGAGUGUGCAUUCAAACCCCGGCCAUGCCAGCACAGAUGUGUGAAUACACACGGUAGCUACAAAUGCUUUUGCCUCAGCGGCCACAUGCUUCUACCAGACGCCACAUGUUCAAACUCCAGGACAUGUGCCAGAAUAAACUGCCAGUACAGUUGUGAAGACACAGCAGAAGGGCCACGAUGUGUGUGUCCAUCCUCUGGCCUCCGCCUGGGUCCAAAUGGAAGAGUGUGCCUAGAUAUCGAUGAAUGUGCUUCUAGCAAAGCAGUCUGUCCUUCCAAUAGAAGAUGUGUGAACACAUUUGGAAGCUACUACUGCAAAUGUCACAUUGGUUUUGAACUGAAAUAUAUCAGUCGCCGAUAUGAUUGUGUAGAUAUAAAUGAGUGCACUCUGAAUACCCGUACGUGCAGCCCCCAUGCCAAUUGCCUCAAUACCCAAGGAUCCUUCAAGUGCAAAUGCAAGCAGGGAUACAGGGGGAAUGGACUGCAGUGUUCUGUGAUUCCUGAACAUUCUGUGAAGGAAAUACUCACAGCACCUGGGACCAUCAAAGACCGAAUCAAGAAGUUACUGGCUCACAAGCACACCAUGAAGAAAAAGGUGAAGCUUAAAAACGUCACCCCAAGACCCACCAGUACACGAGCCCCUAAGGUCAACUUGCCUUACAGCUCUGAGGAGGGUGUUUCCAGAGGCAGAAACUCUGGUGGGGAACAGAAAAGGAAGGAAGAGAGAAAGAGAAAGAGGCUUGAAGAAGAGAAAAGUGAGAAAGCCCUGAGGAAUGAGGUGGAACAGGAGCGACCCCUCCGAGGGGAUGUGUUCUCCCCUAAGGUAAAUGAAGCAGAGGAUUUGGAUCUGGUCUACAUCCAAAGAAAAGAGCUAAAUUCCAAACAGGAGCACAAAGAUGUGGGUUACUAUAUGGCAGUCCCUGCACUGGCAGGGCACAAGAAGAAUAUUGGCCGAUUGAAACUUCUCCUUCCCAACUUGACACCCCAAAGCAACUUCUGUUUGCUCUUUGAUUACCGGCUUGCUGGGGACAAAGUAGGAAAACUUCGAGUGUUCGUGAAAAAUAGCAACAACGCCCUGGCAUGGGAGGAGACUAAAACUGAGGAUGGAAAGUGGAAGACAGGAAAAGUCCCUUUGUACCAAGGAAUCGACACUACCAAAAGUGUCAUUUUUGAAGCAGAGCGUGGCAAAGGCAAAACUGGAGAAAUUGCAGUGGAUGGUGUCUUACUGGUGUCAGGCUUGUGUCCAGAUGACUUUUUAUCUGAGGAGGGUUGAAUGUCACUGUCCUUCUUUAUAGCUUCAUAUGUGGCUUUUUAAAUGUCAUUUCUCUGUGGUAUCUUUGUAUAUCAUAUCCUAGGACUCUUCCAUUUUAUAGAUACAAGCUGACAAUGUGUAAUGUUCCAACAGAAAUACUAUCAUAAGAUGCCUUUUUUUUAUCAAAUGCACUAAGACUUGCCUUAUAUAUAGUACCACUGUGCCUUCUCAUUUGUUUCUGAAUUUCCCACAUUAUAUCACAAAAUGGGGAAAUGCCAGUCCAUCUCCUCCUGCCCAGUAUGUCUGCUCUUCCUACACGAGUUGGUGAACUUUUCUAUAUAACAUUUGUAGAAUAACAGCAACAGAAAAAGAUAAGUACAGAUAAAUGGUUAAUUGUUGGGGCUGGGGCAAUGGCCUAGCGGUUAAGUGUUCAUUUCUCCAGGAUCAAUUUCCAGCAUCCACAUGGUGGGUUGCAACCACCUGGAACUCCAAUUCCAGAGAAUUCAAUGCCCUUCUGGCUUCUGUGGACAUUUUCAUAUGUGUGAUAUACAUGCAUAAACUACAUACACACACACACACCAAUGAAGUAAAUCAUUUUUUUAGAUUGCUUAACUUGUAAGGUGCUUCUUGGAAACAAUGAUAUUAAACAUAGAUUUGCGCCUAUGUGGCUCAGCCUGCUCCUUCACAGUCAAGCUUGCACAUUUAAUUUUUUAUAAUCAUAUCCAAUAAACCACCUUGUGUCAUAGUACAAUAAAAGGGUAUCUUUACUGACUCUGUUUACUUCUGUAUAUAAUUCUGCAUAUUUUAUUCUUC